CUAGGGCAUCAGUCUCUGGUGGGCCUGGACCAUGGGCAACGUCAUGGAGGGCAAGUCGGUGGAGGAGCUGAGCAGCACCGAAUGCCAUCAGUGGUACAAAAAGUUCAUGACAGAGUGCCCCUCUGGCCAGCUCACCCUCUAUGAAUUCCGCCAGUUCUUUGGCCUCAAGAACCUGAGCCCCUCAGCCAGCCAGUAUGUGGAACAGAUGUUCGAGACUUUUGACUUCAACAAGGAUGGCUACAUUGACUUCAUGGAGUAUGUGGCGGCGCUCAGCCUGGUCCUCAAGGGCAAGGUGGAACAGAAGUUGCGCUGGUAUUUCAAGCUCUACGACGUCGAUGGCAACGGGUGCAUAGACAGGGACGAGCUGCUCACCAUCAUCCGGGCUAUCCGAACCAUUAAUCCCUGGAGCGACUCAUCCAUGAGCGCCGAGGAGUUCACAGAUACCGUGUUUGCCAAAAUCGACAUCAACGGGGAUGGGGAACUGUCUCUGGAGGAGUUCAUGGAAGGCGUCCAGAAGGACCAGAUGCUCCUGGACACGCUGACCCGAAGCCUGGACUUGACCCGCAUUGUGCGCAGACUCCAGAACGGUGAACAGGAGGAGGCAGGCGCUGGCGACCCCGCAGCAGAGGCUGCCGGCUGAGCCUCGCCCUGUGUGGC